AGACGAGCAGUGGGUCGAUGUAACUACGUUCCCAGUGAUUUCACGGUGUUUGGCAGUGCCUUUGCUGUUCACGUGCAUGUACUAUGCUUCAGACUUACUAAGACAGAUAUGUGGACCAUUUUCACUGGUUUUUCUUCACUGAUUGGAGUCGUAGUUGUAAUUUUGGUAAUCUGUUCAUGCUGCCCGGGUUGUAAUCUGUAUAAGCGAAGGAACAACUGGACUGUUUACAAGCGCUUUGGCAGGGGUGAUACCUCAUCUGGGCGAAAAAAGAAGGGUAGUGUUAACAAAGGUGUCAAAAAGACAAAAACUUCAGUGCCGUCGUUAAAUCAGAUGCCGUCUGUAACAGUUGUUGCAAGUCAACCUGUGCAAGUGAAUUUUCCACAGUCGUAUACUCCAGAACAAAUUAUGGGGCACGCUGUGUACAAUCAAUUACCUCAUCCACAAGCUGUCAUGCAGUCUUCAGAGUCUCCACCACACUGUAUUGUAGCAGUUACAUAUGAUUCUCGUCGUAUACAGCUAGCACAUAACCCAAUAUACCGACAGUAAAACAAAUUUCAGCAGAAGUAUUUUUAAUAUUUCGCCCAGUACAGUGGUAAAAUGUAGGUACAAAAGUUAAGACGUCAUGAUCAAAGAAG